AAGAUAUCCACCCCAACCUGAGUGUCUAUAUUCUUUCUUUCUUCCUUCUUUUUAUUCUUUCCUUUCACCUAACUAGUAAAAACGACAUGGCAGCAGAGGCCACACUCAUUCCUCUUUAUUUAUAAGAUAGGUUUGGGCAUUUGUAUGCACCUUAGAGCAACCCAAGAAAGCCAAAAAGGAGAAUUUGAGGCUGAGGGAAAGAAGAGAUGGCAUCUUGGGUUAUUAGUGCACUAUUGCUUUUGGCUUGCUUGUUUCCUUCAUCCGUAGAGUGCAUGGUUCGACACUACAAGUUCAAUAUCGUGAUGAAAAAUGCCACAAGAUUAUGCUCGACUAAGCCAAUUGUCACCGUGAACGGAAAGUUUCCCGGCCCCACCUUGGUUGCCAGAGAAGACGACACGGUGCUCGUCAAAGUCGUCAACCAUGUCAAGUACAAUCUCAGCAUCCACUGGCACGGGAUCCGGCAGCUACGGACGGGGUGGGCGGACGGACCGGCGUACAUAACCCAGUGUCCGAUUCAGUCUGGACAGAGCUUCGUGUACAAUUUCACCAUCACCGGCCAAAGGGGUACGCUUUGGUGGCACGCACACAUCCUCUGGCUCAGAGCUACCGUCCACGGUGCUGUAGUUAUCUUGCCCAAGCGCGGUGUUCCGUACCCUUUUCCCAAACCCCAUAAAGAAGCGGUAGUGAUUUUGAGUGAAUGGUGGAAAUCGGACGUUGAAGCUGUAAUCAAUGAAGCUUUGAAAUCUGGGUUGGUCCCUAACGUCUCAGAUGCUCACACCAUCAACGGCCGCCCUGGCCCUGUUCUGAGCUGCCCUUCACAGAGAGGGUAUACAUUGCCGGUUCAAGCAGGAAAAAGAUACAUGCUGAGACUCAUCAAUGCUGCACUGAAUGAAGAGCUCUUCUUUAAGAUCGCCGGCCACCAGCUCACCGUGGUCGAGGUCGACGCCACGUACGUGAAACCCUUCAAAACAGAGACCAUUGUUAUAGCCCCGGGGCAGACCACAAAUGUCAUUCUGGAAGCCGACCGCCACUCCGGUCAGUACACGGUUGUUGCCUCACCUUUCAUGGACGCGCCAAUUACCGUAGACAACGUGACUGCUACCGCCACUUUACAUUAUUCCGGUACUCUAGGAGCCACAGCCACCACCACUUUUGCAAUCCCACCUCCGAAAAACGCCACUCCGGUGGCGAUGAAUUUUACCAGCGCCCUGAGGAGCUUGAAUUCGAAGGAGUACCCUGCUGUGGUUCCCUUGAAAAUCGACCGUUCCCUUCUGUUCACCAUCAGUCUCGGAAUCAAUCCCUGUUCCACAUGCGUCAACGGCCACCGAAUUCUGGCGGAUAUCAACAAUGUGACUUUUGUUAUGCCGACGAUCUCUCUACUCCAGGCCCAUUUCUUCAACAUAAGCGGAGUUUUCAAAGAUGAUUUCCCUGGAAAUCCUCCUAUCCCGUACAAUUACACCGGCACACAGCCAACAAACUUUCAGACUAAUAGUGGAACUAGAUUGUACAGACUGGCUUAUAAUUCCACCGUGCAGCUAGUGUUACAAGACACCGGCAUGAUUACACCAGAAAACCAUCCCCUCCAUUUGCAUGGAUUCAAUUUCUUUGAGGUCGGAAGGGGAUUAGGGAACUUCAACGCAAAAAAGGACCCGAAAAAUUUCAACCUUGUCGACCCUGUUGAGAGGAACACUAUCGGAGUUCCUGCGGGGGGAUGGACAGCUAUAAGAUUCCGGACAGACAAUCCAGGGGUUUGGUUCAUGCACUGUCAUCUGGAAAUACACACAACAUGGGGACUGAAGAUGGCAUUUGUAGUAGACAACGGAAAAGGCCCUAACGAAUCUCUUUUGCCACCACCAAUUGACCUUCCCAAGUGUUAGAGAAAUCCCAGAUGUAAAGAAACAGGGGAAGAACACAAGAACAGAGAAUAAUUAAUUACAGGACAAAGAAGAAUUAAUAAGCUGACUCUUUUUUUCGAGUGAGCUAAAGAAUGCUGCUCAAUGUUGAAUAAAAACAUACUGAAAUU